UAUGCAUUAAAAAUUUAGAUAUAUAUAUAUAUAACUUAAAUAGUUCAGAUAGGCCUACCCUAACUUACCCUAAGUAAUAAGAUCAGUCUAAGUAAGUAGUAAGUCAAGUCUAAGUAUUAAGUUAAAAAAUCCAUUACAAAAUUUAUUGUAUCAUAGUUAAUGGACUUAUUGUGAGACUGGUGUGAAAUUUUAUUUAAAUUUAGGGUUAUGAUCAUGUCACAUGUCAAUGUUGUACAUUUUAUAUAAUAUUAUAUUGGCAGUGUCUACACUAUGUGUCCGGCGACCAAGUCACAUGACCGCCGUAAAAAAGUGGCGAGAGAUAUCUUGUCGGUCAGCCUUGUCACGUGACUGCGAAUAAUUCAAAACUAUUGUUAAUUUUAAAACCUAUUUCUCUACCAAGUAAUGUACUGAGUAUCUUGAAUGCAAAUAAUAGAAAAAAAAAACGUAAGUGAAAGUGGCUUGUAAACAUUUUUGUUUAGUUUGUUAUUUGAGUUUGUGUACCAGUAAUCCAUAAAAUAAAUUAGGGGCCAGUGUGGAGUAGGCGUAGGCAACCAAUAAAAGUUAAAGUAAAAGAUUUCAUUUUAAAUUAUUUCAAUUGCUACAAAAUAUUUAAAAACUUCUCAUGAAACUACUGUUGCUGAAGAACAUGAUAAUAUAAAUAUAUACAAAAUAUUUUAAUUAAAAUGGGAAGAAAAAAAAACGACCCUAUCCCCGGUAUAGAUCCUCAAACCUUCCUAUCGUCAAGCAACCACUCUACCACAAGACCAGACAAGAUGUACUAAACCGUACUUCGUUUGGAAUUAUAAAAACUACUAGCCGUCCGGCCAUGUCCGGCGGUCACGUGACAAGCCGCCGGACGUAUAUCUUGCGCACUACACGUCCGGCGCGGUGUAGACACUUCGUAUUAUAUUAUAUGCUAUUACAAUUAGUAUUAAUUAUUAGGCUGUAGGCAUGGUAUUGUAAAUAAUCUAUUGUAGAUGUAAAAGUUAGAUCAACAUUUUGUUUAAAAAAACAUUAAAAUAGAAAGUUUUGCUAGCAUCAAAUAGAUCUAGGAAAUUAUAACAAACAGUAUUAUUAGUAUGUAGUAUGUAACUAUAUAUUGUUGUGUGAUUUUGAUUGAUUUAUUUAUAAUUAAUGAAUGGUUAGUUUAGUAUUUGUAGACUUUGUUAUCUGAAGCAGUCACUCAUUAAAUGUUUACCCAAUACAUUCUUUGUGACAUAUCAAGUAAGGAAAACAAAAAUAUUAUAACUGUGUUGAAUUCAAAUGCAAGUAAAUGAAACUAAGGUUUUGUAGAUUGCUAAACACAAAAAUGUUUUCUUAUCUAAAUUAUUAUUAAUAAUAAAAAAACCAGAUUGUCAUUCUUCCAAGGCAGAAGAAAUGGAGGGACAAGUCAAAAUGGAAAUAAAGGAGGAAAAAAUUCCCAAAACUACAAAUAAAAAAUCUACUGCUAUCACGGUAGAACAAAUUCAAGAAGACAGAAUAACUGAGGUAUUAUUUUAACUAAUUCACGCUAUAAAAUUAGUCAAGCAUUGGCAAUUUUGGGACUAAUUUUAUUGUGGAUGUUUGGGUAAUAAAAUAUAAUGCCUGUUUUUUCAGCUUGCUUUCAAAAAUUGGAGCCCAGAUGCAACAAAAAAUGGUGUACAGUUUAAACCACAGGUAAUAAAAAAAUAUUAACUGUUAUUUAAACAAUUUUUAAAUAACAACUUUUUUAAAGUGUGACAUACAAAAAUACUAAAAUGCUAAUUUUUUUUCCUUAAGUAAAAGAAGUAAUUCAAAAUAAUAAUUGGUCAUGAUAAGGACAAACAUUUAUAUAUCAAUAAAUUAUUCUUUCUCAUUAAUUAUGUUUGUCAAUCAUGUUUUGUAUCUUUGACUUUAUUAGUUAUUUAGAAUUUAAAAUAUAAAAAAAAACGAACUAUUGUUAGGAUCUGAUGUGGAAUGGGGCACUGAUGUUUCUUGUCAUAACAUUAAAUUUUAAGUAUGUCUAAUAACAGUAUAUUUAAACUUGAAGUAGAUUCUUUGCUUUUUGCUGACAGCUUAUUUUUAAUAUCUUAUACUUAACAUUUUUUCUUUUUAAGAUUAUUGAUGAAAUAUACCAUACAGAGUUAAUUGGAUCAAAGUAAGUUAAAGUGUCCAGGCAAGCAAUGAAAAUAAAUUUUCAUAUUUUUUCAUUUCUGGUUUAAGUAGACUGGACUAGCAAGAUCAUCUGCUCAUAUUAGUUUGAAGUAAAGUUAAUCUUAUUAAAAUAUGUAGUGAAUUACUUACUCUGAAAAUUUCACUAAAAAAGUAGUAUUUAAGACUGUUAUCUGGGAUUAUUCUUUUGAGAUAAUUUAGGUGGAAUUUUUCCAUAAGAUGUAGAAAUUUUGCUUUUGGUAGUACUUUUGAGGAUAACCCAUUCCUAUAAUAAUUUUUUUUGCCAUUUAGCUUUUCAACUAAAAGAAUUAUGAUGCUAGAGUUCAGCAGAUACCUGGAAAAUUAUCUUUGGCCUAAUUACAAGAAAGGAAAGGUAAUUACCACAAUUGGUGACGGCAACUCCCUCCAUUGGUGGCACAAGUAAAAAAGAAUAAAAAAUAAAAAUAAAAUCAUUACUUUACUCAUCUGAAAAUCUUAAUGAAAGUUAAUGGUUAAAAAUGGGAAUACAAGGGAUACAAUAUCUUUAAUAAGUUUGUUUUUAACAAUGCUCAAAUGGUUUAACAACAUACACUUGCAGUUCUUAAGCAGUAACCUCACUUUGAGAUACAAACCUCACUUUGAGAUACAAAUCUCAUUUAUUCUUUUAACGCUUGUUUCUCAGGCCACAAAGACUCAUGUAAUGUCCAUUGCUGCUGUCAUUAAUGAAAAAUUCAGGGAGCGGGUUCCAGCAUGGGAGGUAAUAACAUGUUUGUCAUUCUUUUAUUAACUAUAAUUACUAUAAUUUUAAAUGGUAAAGUAUCCCCUAAAGUGUCUGAACUUAGAAACCAUGCAAUACAAUUGGAUUUCCUUUUGGUGAUGUUUUUUUAUUGAAAGCCCAAUGCAUUUUGAUAAUAAGCUGUUUGUAAUUGUCAUAAGGAAGCAUUAUUGUUUAAUCUGUUACUUAUUUGUGGAGAAUAAUUUCCAUCUUUAAUAAUUUUGCUUGUAGCAGUUAAGUCAAUCAAAUAUUUUCUUUCAUAUUAAAUUCUUGUUUGAAUCAUGUAGCUAGUGUUUGUUAGACUUGACUUUCAAAGCCACCAAUAUUUUCUUUCAUAUUAAAUUCUUGUUUGAAUCAUGUAGCUAGUGUUUGUUAGACUUGAUUUUUAAAGCCACCAAUAUUGUCCAAGGUGAAUUGUUCUUGUUGAAGUUAAAUUAAAAGAGGUUAAAGAUGUUAACUUUAUAAUUUUUAAUUUUUUUUUGAACAUCAGGCAUUCAAGGCACUCCCUGAUGAAUUCCCUCACCUAUUUCGGCAUGUUCUUGAUCUCUGCCUCAGUUCUUCCACAUUAAGCUACAAGGAGACAGCAGUGCUGCUUAUAUUUAUUAUCCAUUGCUUUAACAGUUUGGUGAGUUCUUCAACAACACUCACGUACCAUAAUAACAGAUUUAAGUUUAAUGUUAAUGAGACAACCUCACCCUACUUUGUUCCCCUUCCAAUCUUAUUACAUUUUCAUCCAAAAUUAAAGUAUACUUAAUUUAUUGAAACUAACUUGGGGAUAUUUGAUUGGUGUUGUAUAAUCAUGAACUGGCGUAAUGAAACCAACUUUUAUUUUCAAACUAUUUAGGAGGUUGAUUUGAUCCGAGAAAGAGUUCAGAGGCUUGUAUCACUACCUAUAUGGACCAACCUUUUACCUGUAAGUAAUUGGAAACAAAUCAGAGCUUUUUCUCUUAUGGCUCUUUAUUUUCCAGACCUGUAACCUUGCUAAAUAUUUGGAUCCACUAUUAUGUUUUGAGGAAUUCAUCUGUUCUUAGCUGUUCCACUAGAAACCUAAAACAUGGAUCCUUUCUUUUGUUUCAAAUUCCAUUCCUGUAUAUUAAUUGUAAUAAAAGAAAUAAUUUGACUGAUUAGUUACAAAAAUGCACAGGUAUUUUUGGUCAUAAGAUUAAAUUUUUAGUUAAAUAUUAUCAUCCAUAGCAAAUACUUAAAACUGACUACCUUGAAAUUAGAUUCAUAUUGGUUUUGAGCACAUUACCCUUUAGUGAUAUCUUAUUUAUCUCACAAAUCUUAAAGAAUUCAUUUCUUUUAGAAAUAAUUUUAUGUUAAAUUUUGUGUGUGUUCUUCCACCAGUCAUCAAGGAUUAUUAAAUACUUUUGGCGCACAAUAUUUUGCAUUUUGGCUUAAUUUAACUUGUCUUCCACUUAGGUAUUUAAUUUUACAUUUGCUAGCCUUCAAUUUUUAAUAACAGGGUCAGAGAGAAGCUUUGUUCAAAGUUAAUCCAAAAUACAGAAAGUUUUACAAUGCUAUCAAGAAGAGAGACAGCAAACUGCCACCUGAAGAACUUGAGGUUGUUCAGUUUGAAAGAAACUUUUUAGCCAAUCUCAUUGAAAAGUUCUACGGCAUCUUAGACUCCAUCCCUUUUAAAGGUAUGUCAUGAAAAAAAUACACUUUGAGCCUAUUGUAUUUAAAAUGUUCAUUAAUUACAAAUACUUCGAAAUUAAAUGAAUACAUUAAAAAAAUAUAUUUACAUUCAUCAAGACAUGUCAAAUUUAAGCUGAUCUAUUUUUUGAAUAUGUUUUAAAUACUUUCCUUCCAUUCUUGAUUACAAAUUGUUUCAGGUCAUCAUGUUUGUAAAUUUAGUGUGAAAUUAUUUUUAAAAUGAAUUAUGGCUUAACAGUGGUAACAACCAGUUGUCCGGCUCAUCAAAGAGCAUUCUUUUUGAACAUCAUCUUUCAAACUUAGCCUCAGCUGAUCCAAACAAGAUGCAUUACUGUGAAAGGUUUCUGGAACUCCUGAUUGACAUUGAAGCUCAGCUACCAACUAGACGUUUUGUCAAUGCUCUGAUUGAUGACAGGCAUGUGGUCGUUAGGUGUAAACUCUCCCAGUUGAUUCUACGGCCCGAGGGCAAACUGUUUGGCCAGGUAAGAAAGUUAAAGUAGAAAUUAUUUUUCUGAUUUGUGAUAGUUUUAAAGUUUAUUUGUGUUAAACACUCAUUUGAUAGAUGUCAAUCUUAGUUUGAACAUUUAAAGCCACCAAAAGUCACAUAACAUUCAAAGUGACACUACAAUCAGCCCAUCAGCAAAAUAACAAAUUAGUUAUUGAAUAGUAAUUUAGACAACGGUUGUUGUUUUCUUUUUUCCUGUAAAAAAACAAAAAUUUCAAUCAGUUUUACAGAUAAAGGAAAAAUGAUAUGUAGAAAAGCAUUAAUUCCCUGUUGUGAAAACCUGCUUAAGAGUUUGGUAAAGUAAUAAUAUUUUUAAAAAAUUAUAUAUAAUCCUUAUUUUUGUUGAAUCAUGAUAACAUUAUUAAUCAAUUUUCUGUCAGCUGUUAGAGAUGCUGGAGUCCUAUGCUCAGUUUGAGAUAGAUGAGAUCACUGGUGAAGCCCUCACCAUGCAUGACAGAAUAGACCUCCAUUACAACAGGGUGAAUGCCCUUCAGGUAAAAGACUUUAGAUGUUGUUCUAGUGGUAUACUCCUAUUGAGAGGCGUCACUAGGGAAGGUUUCAACCGGUGCCUUAAACCCAUGGUGUCCAAACAAACCCCCCCCCCCCCCCCCCCCCCCGCGACCUGUGCUGAGUAAUUCUUAACCACAUCAAUCAAAACCGUUUAUUGUUUUGUUGUUAAAAAGUCUUAAAGCCACUAAAUAUAUAAAAAGAAAACAAGAUUAAAAGCCUUUUAAAAAUGCAGCAAAAUAAUUUUUAUUGAAACAUUUAACUUUACUGUUAAAACUUUACUUUUCCUAGUCUUCAAAGAUGCAAACAUCUCAAUCACUUCAUCAAAAUCAACAUUUUUUACCAUAUCACUUUCAAAUUGACAAAAUGACUGGACCAAAGCCGGGACUUUUCCCAUGGUAGAUCUUAAAUAGUUAUUUAUAAGUUUCGUAUUUGAAAGGCUCCUCUCACAUGAUGCCACAGACACAGAUUAUGAGAAAUAACCGUAGGCUUAAUGAGAGGAUUAUGAAGGAUUCUGAAGGAUUCCAAGAAAUCCCAUUCAUCUAUGCAUUUCAAAAUUUCAUACCUUGACCAAUCUUUGGCAUCCUCGAGACUAAUAUCUGCUGCAUACAGGGGCCUGCGCAGUCUUGACAUUUCAAUUAAACGUUCACUCUCAGAUAACUCGUAGAAAGUGGUCAGUCUUGGAAUGGACACCAAUAACUCUUUCUUCAGUCGCCAACAGUAGAGCCUUAGCUGGAACAGCCCCGAACAUUAUUUGCUACUUCCUGAUAUGGAGUUCAGAAUGAAAACAAUCAAUACACUCAUAUUGCCCCAUUAUUUCCUUCUUGCAAAGUCAGUCCAGUGUUGCUUGCUUGCUCCCCUGGUAUUUUCUUCUUGCAAAGUCAGUCCAGUGUUGCUUGAUUGCUCCCCUGGUAUUUUCUUCAACCCGUCUAGACUUCCCCCACAAACCCCCUCCGAGACUGGAAGCUGGGUGGCACCCAGCCUUAGAGGCACCCUGCUCUGGCGGAAUCUUGUUCAUUUGGCACCUUGAUCUGUUUGCAACCUACUCUGAUGGCACCCUCCUCUGUCUGGUUACAACCUGUUCUGGUGGCACCCGGUUCAGACAACACCUUGUUCUGGUGGCACCCUCUGUUUGCACUCUUUUUUUGAUGGAAGACCUGCUCUGUGUGGUUAUACUCUGUCCUAGUAUGGCACCCUGUUCUGGUGGGAUCCUGCUAUGGUGGCAUUCUGUUGUAUUUAACUGAGUUCUGUUAUAAACCGACUGGAGUGAACUCAAACUUGCAUUUUCUAUUGGCUGUCACCCCUGCUGUAAGGGUGUCGCCUGGGCCCCCCACACCCCCUUCUUUUGAAAGUAGCAGUAAUUCUUGUGACAGUGAAAUAGAGCUUUUCAAUUUAAUAUGCUUAGAAUAUUAAUUUAAAGAAUAAGUUUCAUUUCAUGGUGAAAAACUGAUUUGUUCUUUUCAUUUACAGACUGUUGUUUUUAAGCAUUAUCCAGAUUUACAGAGCUUUGCUAUAAAAAAUGUUGCAAGUGUUGACUCUAAGGAUUCACUAAUCAAACACUUUGAGCCACUCAAGUACGUUUGUGGCCAUGGCUAAGUUAAAUGCCUACUAACAUACAUAAUUAAUCAUUGUGUGUUUAACAACAAUAAAGACAAGUAUUGAGAAAAAUUCCACAAUAUUCACCUUAAUUGAUUAAAAAAUUUGUUACUUAAAGAAAGGUGUUAAAUUUUUUAAAAUUUUCUUGAUUUUGAAUUCCUUUUUUUUUUGUGUUAAUAUUUCCUCAAAAAAAAACCAAAAUAAAUGAAUUGGCAGGUAUUUAAAACAUUGUAAGGAUUAUUACUCAUGUAUAGUCAACAAAAUAGGUGGCCCUUAUCUUUGUUUAUUGGAUGAGUAUACUCAGACUCAUUUCAAAUACUUCAUUUAUGUUCCCAGUGCUGAAGACUUACAUCGAAUACUGGCACACCUAAACUACUUACCCCCACUUGAAGAGGAGACCACACAGUACUCAAAAACCUUCCUUAUAGAGCUUCUGGUGAGUAACUUCUUGAUUUACCGGACAAGACACAGAUUUUUAAUGAGUAAAACUUGUUGAAUCUGAUUUAAAUCUAGAAAGAACAUUUUAAUUGUGUAACUAAGUGAAAAAAAAAAAUUACACAUUUUCUCUUGUCUUUUAGAAUUUAAUUUUUUAUACAUUCAUAUAAUUUAAGAUUCAUAUUUAGAAUUUUAAGUUAAACUUAGCUUCCAAUGUGUCGGGCAUUAUGGAUUUUGUGUAUGUUAAAGUUUGAAACUUGUUUUAACAUUUAACCUCUGUCCUUUCUAAAACGGAUUUUUAUAUUCAUUACUUUAAAACUUCCUCUGUUUACAGGACCUGUAAUGAUCUAGAAAUUGUAUUUAAAUGUAAAUUUUAAAUUUAUUAUGUAGAUUUGGAAGCAUGAGCGUAAAAGAUCACAACUGGAAGCCAUCAACGAAAUGCCACUUUACCCAACGGAGGACAUAAUUUGGGAUGAGAACAUUGUUCCAUCAGAAUUCUUCUCUGGAGAAGGUAGGUUUUAAAAGAUGCUCAUCCUUGUGAUUGUUAUAGAUGGCUAAUGAUGAUUGAAUUUCUAAGUUUUAAGAUGACGACUAUCUUAAAAGAACUUGUCAAUUGUGUGAAAAGGGGACUUAAAUGUUGAAAAAGACAACUAAAAUGUCUUGCAAUUUGGCCAAAAACAAAAUAUUUAUUGCAUAAAAGUAUCAUGAUCAGAAUUAUAAUGCACAAAGUUUCAGUUAAGAUAUUUUUUCACUGUUUUUCUCAAUAGCUAUCUACUUAAAACCUUUCAGCAUUCAUUGCUCGAUUAAAAAUUAUUUUUUGUUUGCAAUCACCUAAUGAUUUAAACUAUCUUGAUGUAAUCCCAGGUUGCCUGGCUUUACCAAAGCUGAAUCUGCAGUUUUUAACACUGCAUGACUACUUGUUGCGCAACUUCAAUCUCUUCAGACUUGAAUCGACAUGUGAGUGAUGUUAAAAUAUUUAACGAAGUUGAUGAAUAAAGAUGAUAUGUCAAAAGUCCAACUUGAUUUUAUACUUUAUUCUCACAGGUAAAUUUUGUUUGAUAAAUUAUUUUCAUUGGUUUACUACAGAUGAAAUCAGGCAGGAUAUUGAGGAUGCAAUCAAUCAUUUAAAACCAUGGUAAGUGGGGGUAUUAUUGUUACUGUAGUUUGUGCUGGUGAUUUAAGUGUUACUGGCUAUGCUCACCCUCAUAUUGAAUAUCAAAUAAGACUUGAUGUAAUUUCAUUUCAAAUCAUGUCAACAUUAGACUUAUUUAUUGUAUUCAAAGCAUAUGAGCAAUGGACAUCAAAUAGUUUUAUUAAUAAAGCUCUAAGUUUAUUUUAAAUUUUUUUUACUAAUAAUAAAUUGUCAGUGCCAUAAAUUUUCAUUCAGUUUUUUAAUUAAAUGUAUUUAUAUAUUAGAAUAAGAUAUCAUUUAGAAUAUGUAGCUGAUGUAUUGAUAUAUUAGAAUAAGAUAUCAUUUAGAAUAUGUAGCUGAUGUAUUGAUAUAUUAGAAUAAGAUAUCAUUUAGAAUAUGUAGCUGAUGUAUUGAUAUAUUAGAAUAAGAUAUCAUUUAGAAUAUGUAGCUGAUGUAUUGAUAUAAUGAUAAUAAAAUCCCCAAAUUUGGUUUGAAAAGUUAUGUUUCAUUGUAUUUUUGAUCAUUUCUAGGAAAGCUGAAGAUGGUCAUUGUCUGUUUGGAGGAUGGGCCCGUAUGGCACAGCCAAUACAUUCCUUUAACAUAGUGGAGGUUUGUUUUGCCAUCAUUAUUUAGUUUCAUUUUUGUCUAUUUGAGCUUGAACCAGCUUUCUACAAAGUGCACUUUUUAUGAGUGGUGAAAGAACUUGUUUGUUAUAGCAAUCUAAAAAACAAGAGACUGUUAUUGAUAAUGUAAGCUACUUCAAAAAAAAUUCUGUUUUUUAUGACAUAACACUGAUACAAAUAAAUCAUGUGGAAUUAUUUAGGUAGCCAAGCCCCAACUAGGUGAGAACCAUCCGGCACAGGUGCGAGCAGAUGUCACUUUGAAUCUCAGUGUAAGGCCCGAGGUUAAGUUUGAAUGGCAGGGUAAGUCAUUUGUAUCGUUAUUUAUUGUUAGCAUACACAUUUAAUAAAAAGUGAUUGUGACUUGUUAUAGAAUGGCUAAUUCAAAUCUUUUCUCUUAAACUGUCGAUUUUUAAAUAAUUCCCCCACCUCUCUUUUUUUCUUCUAUCACCUCUUUCAUUUUUCUAGGCUUGAGGAAACAUGACGUUGCUUUCUUGUUAACACUGAGACCACAAGUGCCAAUUGGUUACAAAUAUAAUCACACGCAGCCUUUCAUACCACAGGUUAGAUGUUCAGUUUUAACAAAUUAUUUUUUCUUUAAUUCAUUUUAAAAAAACAACUGCUAAUAAACAUUUAUAAUCCAGUUUUUAAGAUGUUUGUGUUUGCGUCUGCCCUGGCUGCAUUAAAGUAAAAAAAAAUGUACCCCCCAACAUUGAAAAUGAAAUGAAGAGACACCAGACUCUGAUUCUCAUCUUUCUUUUGUGCCAAACUUAUAUUUACAUAGCCUCUGCUUUUGGUCUUUUAGGUUGGGCUGGUGUAUGUCAGAGGAUGUGAAAUUGAAGGGCUGCUUGAUGAAAACGGCAAACUAAUUGAAGAAGGUAAGAAGAUAAAGAAUUCACUUGUAAAAUUAGAUGAAGUGAACAAACAAAAAAUUUCAAUAAGAGAAUAACAAACUGUAUAAACUUUCAAAUCCCUAAAUUUAAAUUGAGCAAUUCAUCACAUAAUGACCUGUCACUUCCCUCAGGCCCUGAGCCCAAGCCAGAAUUUCAUUCAGACAAUCGUACAUACAGAGUAUGGUUGGACCCUAAUCAGUAUCAGCUAGACAUGACCCGCACUGUCAAUGGAGAGGAGGUGUGUAACUUUUAAUUAGGGCAUUUUAAAAAAACCCACAUGAUGUAUACAUGCUUUGCAUAAUAUCGGCUUGUUCAAAUCUAUUUAUAACAGAGGUAAACAUUUAAACAAUGUGGUAUGGAUUAAUUUAUCAGAUGUUGAUUUGGAUAUAAAUUAUUAUUAUUAUUUUGUUUUUUGAGUGGCUAACCUAUAAAGUUAAUAAAUAUUCUCAGUUAUAUCUGCUUCUCCUUAUGAACAUAUCUGAAUGUAUGACCAUUUAAUUAAAAAACAGGAUGUGUACGAGACAUUUAAUGUCAUGAUGCGCAGGAAACCAAAGGAGAACAACUUCAAGGCUGUGCUGGAGACAAUACGUGACCUGAUGAACACUGACUGUGUGGUCCCAGACUGGCUUCAUGAUCUCAUUCUAGGUUAUGGUGACCCAGACUCAGCACACUAUUCAAAGUAGGUCUCCAAAUUAAUCAAUAUAAUGUGUUUCCUUUUUUAAUUUGUCCAUCUUAAUUUGUAUGUUUGCAGUGCUAUUGAAAUUUCCAAUUUUUAAAAUUUAAAAUUUAACUAUUAUUUUGGUUUCAUAGGUUACUUUCUGAUGAGAUUUAUUAAUAAAUUUUCAAAUUUAUUUAAAAAAAAUGUUUUUGACAGAUUUAGCAUUGCGUCUUAUUUACAAAACCUUGUUUAAAAUUUGCUCUGCUUUUUUUGCUUCUCUCAGAAUGUCCAACAGAAAGCCAACUUUAGAUUGGAAUGACACAUUUCUUAGUCUUGAACAUUUGGAAACUAGUUUCCCAGGGGCUGCUCUGACUAUGACUGGUGAAAAAGAGAAAUUGAUACCACCUUUUAAGUAAGACCUAAUGUUGUUCUGUGUUAUACCAUUAACUUCUUUUUUUAUGUUCUCUUUUAUAUAAUUCUGUAAACUAAUACUGCUUUUUUAAAAUUUUUUGAAACUUGGCAGUCAAUUUACGAAUAAUUAUUUAAAAAAUCUGGAAUGAUUAUUUAAUAAAAUACAUUUCAAAAGCUUUUUUUAAAAUGAAUUUAAAAAAAAAUUCUUAAAAAAAAAAAAAUGGAAUUUUGUUAAGCUUGAGUAAGAAAAAUUAAAUUUAUAAUUUAAUUUGUAACUAAAUGCAAUGAUGAGAAAUUCACCUAUUUGUACCAUUGUCAAAUCUUCUAAAUUUCACUUUCACUUGGUAGUAUUUGAUUAAAAGAAAGUCUAAAAAAAAAAAAAAAGGUUUCUUUAUAACUAAAUUACUACCUCUGUUUUAAUAACAAUGCACACGAUUCACAGGUUGACAUUUGAGGAAGAAAAGGCUGAAGGUAAAAGGGAGUUAGAUUCUGACACGGGCAAAACAACAGCAAAAGAAAUCAAAGUUGUGCCACAUCUCAUCCCUAACAGAGGACCAUAUCCUUACAACCAGCCCAAGAAGUAA